AUGCCAGUGGCGGUGAUGGCGGAAAGCGCCUUCAAUUUCAAAAAGUUGUUGGAUCAGUGCGAGAACCAGGAGCUCGAGGCUCCUGGAGGAAUUGCUACAGCCCCGGUGUACGGUCAGCUCCUGGCUUUGUACCUGCUCCACAAUGACAUGAAUAAUGCAAGAUAUCUUUGGAAAAGAAUACCACCUGCUAUCAAAUCUGCACAUUCUGAACUGGGGGCGAUCUGGUCCGUGGGACAGAGGAUCUGGCAGCGAGACUUCCCUGGGAUCUACAUGGCCAUCGGUGCUCACCAGUGGUCGGAGGCGGUGCAGCCCAUCAUGGACGCCCUGAGAGACGCGACCAGGCGGCGGGCCUUUGCCCUGGUGUCCCAGGCGUAUACCUCCAUCCUCGCUGACGACUUUGCUGCCUUUGUGGGACUUCCUGUUGAAGAGGCAGUGAAAGGCAUCUUGGAGCAAGGAUGGCACGCUGACUCCGCCACAAGAAUGGUCAUGCCCAAAAAGCCAGUUGCAGGAGUCCUGGACGCGCCCUUUAACCGGUUCAGUCCGCUGUCAGAGUCUGCCCCUGUCCCGCCCAUCCCCAAUGAGCAGCAGUUGGCCAGACUGACGGACUACGUGGCCUUCCUGGAGAACUGA